AUGGCUCUAAGGAUACUCUGGGCUGGACAGGCCAAGGGGAUCCUGGGAGGCUGGAGGGUCAUCUGCUUGGUGGUGUCCCUGGUCCUGCAGCACCCAGGAGUCAACAGCAAGUGCUACUUCCAAGCUCAAGCUCCCUGCCAGUACGAGGGUAAAUAUUUCACUCUGGGUGAAUCUUGGCUCCGCAAGGACUGCUUCCAUUGUACCUGUCUGCAUCCUGUUGGUGUGGGCUGCUGUGACACGUCUCAGCAUCCCAUUGACUUCCCUGCUGGGUGUGAACUGCAACAGGAGGCCGGAACCUGUCAGUUUUCCCUGGUGCAAAAAGCUGACCCUCGGCUGCCCUGCAAAGGGGGAGGACCUGACUUAGAAUGGGGCUCGGCUAACACCCCUGCUCGUGGGGCUCCUGCCCCCCACUCCAGCUAAAGGCUCACCCAUCUGCUGAAAGCUCACUGCUGCUGCCACUUCCAGGGAAACCACUAGCAGCUGCCUACUUCCUCCAAAUAAAUAAAUUAAUGCUACA